CAUUUUCUGAAGUCUAGAAAACUUUCAUCUAGCAUUCGACAAAAAACUGCAUUCUUCGCCGAAGAUUAAACAAAAAAAGAUUAAAUUCCAGCCAAAUAAUAAUAAUAAUUUAUUUCUUUAUUAAAUAUCAAACUAGUUCAAAAUGACUUUAGCAGAAUUUUUCGGUUGCACUCUACUAGCCUUCGGGCCAGCUCUUCAUAUGUUUAUCUUCACUAUCGCCCACGACCCAGUUCGCAUUAUUAUUCUAAUAGCAGCUGCCUUCUUUUGGCUGCUUUCAUUACUCAUCUCAUCAUUGUUAUGGUUUUUAGUGGUUCCUUUGCGAGAACAUCUAGUUUUUGGUGUAACAUUUUCCAUUAUAUUCCAGGAAUGCUUUCGAUAUUUCAUCUACAAAAUACUCCGCAGCACGGAGAAUGGUUUAAGAGAGGUUGCUGAUGAUUCCCGUGUAACAGACAAUAAGCAUAUACUAGCUUAUGUAUCAGGCCUUGGAUUUGGCAUUAUAAGUGCAUUAUUUGCACUUGUAAAUGUACUAGCUGAUAUGACUGGUCCAGCUACAAUGGGCCUUAAGAGUGGCACACAAAUAUUCUUCUUAGUAUCCGCUGCCCAAGCUCUCUCCAUAAUCUUGCUUCACACAUUUUGGAGUGUGAUUUUCUUUAAUGCCAUGGACACAUCAAAAUAUCUGCAUGUUGCUUAUGUCUUUUGUACCCAUUUACUGGUGUCUGGAAUAACUCUGUUAAACGCUUCAGAACUUUAUGCAACAACGCUGAUAGCUAACUUUUGUAUUACCCUGGCUACUGGUUUGUUAGCGUUCAGUGUAGCGGGUGGAUCGAUGUUAUCUUUUAAGAGAUUUAUCACUUGCAGAUAAACUCUUAAGUAUUAGUAACUAACUAUACGACGCAAAUUUAACCUAUUCCAUCUUUUAUUUUAGAACCUAGGCGUAUUUGUAAACAAAAUAAUUAUAUUAUUAAGACGUUAACCAAAUAAACAAAAUAAAUCAUUUUAUGCGAAGAAAAAAAAAA